AGUCGAUCCGCGCGGACGCUUCCUGCAGGUUAAAGGCAACCAGCUAGCAGCUAACAGCUAGCUGAGUGCGUCAAAUAAAGUCGUCGCCCAGGUGAAGCGAACCGCCGACAGCUUUUCAUGCUGGCGACUCGCUGACGACACUUCCACAAACUUGUUGGCUGUCGUGUUCCGUCUCCAUGGCUACCGAAGACUUUUACGAGGUGGAACGGGUUGUGGACAAGCGCAAGAACCGCAAGGGGCGGACGGAGUACCUGGUUCGAUGGCGAGGGUAUGGCUGCGAAGGUGAUACGUGGGAGCCCGAGAGUCACCUGACCACGUGCAUGGUGUACGUGCACGACUUCAACAGGCAGUACGCCCAACAGCAUCGAGACGCCACCCUGCUGCGCUCCACCCGCAGCUACCCGUGCGGCCCGACCCCCGGCGUCGGACAGCUUAUGUCCGCCGCCGGCCCGGAAACCAUCUCGGCCCUUCGGCCCGCCACAGCUCACCUGCCUGCCGCCGCCGCCGGACUAAAGGAGAUGGCGGGUCCAAUGGCGGCGCCUCCGAUGUCCACGCCGCCGGUCGGCCCCGCCCGUCGCAGUCUGGACCUUUCCAAAAGCGGGAUAAAAAUCCUGGUGCCCAGAAGCCCCAUGAACAGCCUUCUUGAGUCGCCCAGCGAGGCGGCGUCCAGCGAGGCGGCCCACAGCACAGAUGCCGGCGCCCGCGACGCCCACGACGUGCCCCCCGAAGUCGCCCUGGAGCAACCAACCGACGUGCAGCUCGGCCCGGGUCAGCUGCGCGCCCGCAUGGGGAUCAGGUCGCGCAGCCACAACACCCCGCCCGCAACGCUCACUGCCGUGCGAGCCCUCAAUGGCGCAGGCGCUCCGGGCACGACGGAGGACAUCGGGGCCGGCGGGGCGCCGGCAGGUACCGUGGCGACGGGCGCCUCGACAAAGCGGCGUCCGGAGGAGCGCGGCGCUUUUGACAAACGUUUGCGCUUCAGCGUGCGUCAGACGGAGAGCGCCUACCGCUACCGCGACAUUGUGGUCAAGAAACAAGAUGGCUUCACGCACAUCCUUCUGUCCAGCAAGAGCUCGGAAAACAAUGCGCUCAACCCUGAGGUGAUGAAGGAGAUCCAGAGCGCCAUGGCGACGGCGGCGUCCGACGACAGCAAGUUGGUGUUGCUGGGAGCCGUCGGCAGCGUCUUCUGCCGCGGCCUCGACUUCCUCUACUUCGUCAAACGCCUCACGGACGACAGAAAGAAGGAGAGCAUCAAGAUGGCCGAAACCAUCAGGACCUUCGUGAACACGUUCAUCCAGUUCCGCAAACCUAUCGUGGCUGCCGUCAACGGGCCGGCGCUGGGAUUGGGCGCCGCCAUCUUGCCGCUGUGCGACGUGGUGUGGGCCAAUGAGAAGGCCUGGUUCCAGACGCCCUACGCGGCGUACGGACAGACGCCCGACGCCUGCUCCUCCUUCACCUUCCCGCGCAUCAUGGGCCCCCCCUCGGCCAACGAGCUGCUCCUGAGCGGCAGGAAGUUGACGGCGCAGGAGGCCUGUUCGAAAGGGUUGGUCUCGCAGGUUCUCUGGCCGGGAACCUUUGCGCAGGAAGUCAUGCUGCGCGUCAAGGAACUGGUUGCCGUCGACUCGCUUGUGAGUCGCACACGCACAAAGACCGCUACCGCUAAUUCCUGACCAGCCAUCAGGAAUGUACAGUGACAGGCGGUAGAAUUACUUGCGCUUCCACUAGAUGGCAGAAGGUCCGAGGAACCUGUUCCCGUUCAUACGACAGAUUUCACACCGAGCAAGUCCUGGUACACGCAAGGAUCUUAAAAGAUCGUUUAUCUGUUCCAGAUGUUAAACAUGAAGAUUUAAAAAAAAAAAAAAUCUGUUUUAUCGUACUGUGUGUGGUGUGCUGCGAUCAUAUCAAAACAGAACACCACACGCGUAAGAUUAUGUUCCACCUGCGGUCACGAAUCUAGUCCGCCAAGACCGAACUCUCGUGUGAUCAAACGUGAUCUAACAAAAACCAAGAAGAAACGCUACCGUAUGUGUGGCGUCGAUGUUUGCCGAGUGUUGCCGAGGUAUCGCAAAAUGGUGACGUCAUCAAUAAAUAGCUGCUGUCUGCGGAACCCACUAAUACAAAAUACAUUUAUUCCUGCACGCAGGUUCAAAAUGCUCUUAAUCUAAACCCGAGUUCUGACUCGACUUCCCCGAGCACUCUAAAACUGGGAUCUUUCCGGUCCACAACAACUGAUCUGGAUGAGUUCAAUCAAGUCGAAGUACUCUCACCUUGAUUUAAGCUUAACCAAAAGACAUCAUCGAUGAAGCGAUCUGUUGGUUGACGACGGAAACCGAUAGAAACGUUAAGUUCCUGACUUCCCUUUGGGAAUUUGAGGUGCUAAUGAGGGCGUUCUGUGAUAUGAAAAUGUUCUGUUUCAAUGCAUGACAGUUGAAUGCACUGACUUAGCGUUUAACCGCACUUUUGAAUUGCAGCAUUUCGGAAUAUAUUUUGAAUAACAUCUGAUUUUUAUUUUGCAAUCCGGCAUUUCAAAGUCUACUCGCAAGCAGUUUAAUGAAAUAUAAAAACAUUAUUCAAGCAUGCAGUCAACGCAAUACAAUCUUUUGCUUGGCCAUAAUUUACAUGUAUUCAUAAAUUAAAUAUGACAACACGGCACACAUUUGUGUCAUUGAUUUGUAGACCCAAAUGUAACAGUCGAUAUAUGUUAAUACCCAGUAAAUUAAAAACAAAAACAAAACCAAAAACUUUUGAUUUGUACUUGGCCACCAAGAAGACAUUAUGUGCAGGAGCAGUGAUGGGAUUUGCAUGUCGUGACGUGCACCGUCCUCCAAGUCGCAUUUGGAAGCCAAAAUGACAUCCAACUCGACUGCAUGGGGAGAGCAAACCUUUUGUGCUCAAGGGCUACAUUGGGUUUUGAAAAUGGACACAGGAGCCAAGUCAUUUGUACAAUUCCAAUGAAGUUGGGACGUUGUCUUAAACAGAAUACGAUGAUUUGCAAAUCACGGUCAACCUAGAUUUCAUUGAAUACACUACAAAGACAAGAUUUGUAAUGUUCAAACCGAUAAACUUGAUUGUUUUGAGCAAAUAAUCAUGAACUUGGAAUUUGAUGGCUGCAACACGGUCCAAAAAAGGCUCAUGUUGACCACUGUGUUACGUCUCACCUUUUCAUUGAACAACAUUCAAUCAACGUUUGGGAACUGAGGACGCUAAUUGUUGAAGCUUUGGAGGUGGAAUUCUUUCCCAUUCUUGCUCGAUGUACAGCUUCAGCCGUUCAACAGUCCGGGGCCUCCGUUGUCGUAUUUGACGCUUCAUAAUGCGCCACACAUUUUCAAUGGGAGACGGGUCUGGACUGCAGGCAGGCCAGUCUAGUAGUACCCGCACUCUUUUACUACCAAGCCACGCUGUUGUAACACGUGCACAAUGUGGUUUGGCAUUGUCUUGCUGAAAUAAGCAGGGGCGUCCGUGAAAAAGACGUCGCUUGGAUGGCAGCGUAUGUUUCUCCAAAACCUGUAUGUACCUUUCAGCAUGAAUGGUGCCUUCACAGAUGUGUAAGUUACCCAUGCCGUUGGCACUAACACAGCCCCAUACCAUCACAGAUGCCGGCUUUUGAACUGUUCGUCCAUAACAGUCCGGGUGGUUCUUUUCCUCUUUGGCCCGGAGGACACGACGUCCACAAUUUCCAAAAACAAUUUGAAAAGUGGACUCGUCGGACCGCAGAACACUUUUCCGCUUUGCGUCGGUCCAUCUUAGAUGAGCUCGAGCCCGGAGAAGCCGGCGGCGUUUCUGCGUGUUGUUGAUAAAUGGCUUUUGCUUUGCAUAGUAGAGUUUCAAGUUGCACUUACGGAUGUAACGCCGAACUGUAUUUCCUGACAUUGGUUUUCUGAAGUGAUAUCCUUUCUACAUUGAUGUCGGUUUUUGAUGCAGUGCCGCCUGAGGGAUCGAAGGUCACGGGCAUUCAAUGUUGGUUUUCGGCCUUGCCGCUUCCUCCAGAUUCUCUGCACCUUUUGAUGGUAUUAUGGACCGUAGAUGAUGAAAUCCCUCAAUUCCUUGCAAUUGUACGUUGAGGACCGUUGUCCUUAAACUGCUUUGCUCCUUUUCUAGCCAAUCAUGGCGCCCACCUGUUCCCAAUGAGCCUGUUCACCUGUGGGAUGUUUGAUGAGCAUUCCUCAACUUUCUCACUCUUUUUUGCCACCCCUGCCAGCUUUUUUGCGUGUUGCGUGUUGCAGCCAUAAAAUAAAAGUUAUUGAUGUAUUUGCUAAAAACAAUCAAGUUGAUCAGUUUGAACAUGAAAUGUCUUGUCUUGGUAGUGUAUUCAAUGAAAUCUAGGUUGACCGUGAUUUGCAAAUCAUUGUAUUCUGUUUUGAUUUAGGUUUAACACAACGUCCCAACUUCAUUGGAAUUGGGCUUGUAGAUGAGGGCAAAAGAAUGAGUUCAUGUGCAUCAACAAAGUUAUUUACUCCUAUAAUCAAAUAUUGGGGGCGACUGGUUAGCAGGUGAGGUUGUGGAUUCAAAUCCGGCCUCGCCUGUGUGGAGUUUGCAUGUUGUGCCCGUGCCUGCGCGGCUUUUCUCCGGGUACUCUCACAUCCCACAAACAUGCAUGCUAGGUUUUAAUUCAAGACUCUAAAUUUCCCGUAGGUGUGAAUGUGAGUGCCAAUGGUUGUUUUUUUCUAUGUGCCCUGCGAU